AUGGCAAUCAAACCGCACUUUGUAGUAUAUUUGGCUCUACUAGUCCUCGCCCUGCUGGCGGAUAGUGCGUGGGCGUUUGGGGCUGGGAAUAUUCCAAGUUUUGCCUAUCUUGAAGGCAAGGCGUUCCGUCAUGGAGAUAUCGAGGACGUGCUAUCCGGAAUCGCCAAGAAAGGUGCACCUCUCGCCGCACUAGGUUUCCUCAGUGCCGCGAUGCCCUCGACCAAGUUCGGUGGUUUAGACAUCAAACGGGUUUAUUUCGGGAACUGGCUCCGUGAUUAUAGCCAGGCAGUAGAUAUUGCUGCACUCAAGAAACUCCCUCUGCAGACAAUUAUUAACCUAUGCAUGGUUCUGGGUUUUCUGGCACAUGGUUAUGCCACUGAGGAAUUUCAAGUGACGAAAGAAAGAUUGGGUUGUUACCUUCCCACGGAACACAUUGAUAACCCGAAAGGAUACGGUGAGGGGGAAGAUGCCCGAAAGUAUAAUCCCGGGCUUCGCCCUCCUGUGGAUCCAGCUGAAUUGGAAAUUGAUCCUCGGACUGGCAUGAAGAACUAUAUCGCAAAUGAAUCUGGACAUUGGGACACCUCAAAAGCUCUCGUGCGCCGUACUCUGGAGAGAUGUAUCCGCCUCGGACGUCAAGCACGAUCCUCCGGAAGAAAGGAAGACGAAUAUGAAACAUAUCGACUUCUUGGACAACUCCUUCAUACUCUCGAAGACUUCCCUGCACACUCAAACUUUUGUGAAUUAGCUCUCGUCAGUUUUGGCUAUGCGCAGGUGUUCACUCAUGUAGGCGACCAUGUGCAGAUACGUGCACCCAAUGGAAGGAUGGUCGCUCCCUUAGUUACCGGUACUUUUGGAUCCAGCGAUUUUUUCCACAGCCUUCUUGGAGAGGCUACUGACCAUAUCUCCCAAGCUUCUGUAUCGGACCUCAAUAAGGAACUCCAGAGAGCUAAGGUUCAAUCACGUAGUACGGGGGGAGGGAGCGAGCUCCGAUCACUUAUGAACCAGAUUCCUGGUAUUGGCAGUACUGAUUUGGGACGCCAAAUGAACGACGUCGAGAGAUUGGGAGCCGGGGAUGCCGGGAAAAAACCAGAGGAGAUGUCGCCCGAAGAACUUUAUUCUACUCUUUGGCAGAUUCUCAAGUUCCGCGAUUCUGUCAUGAAAACCAUUGAGCAAACUAUCGAGAAAAUCCCCGGAUUAAGUGCGCUAGUUGGGAAACUGACGAACGCAGUAGCGGUUUUUGUCCUCACUGCUAUCGAGCCUUUCCUAAAACCUCUAUUGCAAGGUGCAUCUACGCAGUUAUCAGCGGCGUCAGCCGAAGUUGUCAACAAAGCUGACCAGUACGAGGUUUUCAACGAUCCUAUGGCAUCCGAUCCUACACACUCUUUUCUCUCUAAGGAUCACUUUGCCUUGAUUCUCAACGACCCCGCUGGGAAACUUGCUCAGGUCAUCGUGAAGCACGCAGUCACGAUGGUAGUUAAGGCAUGGGACGAUCCUAAGAGUGAUCCUCGCGAUGCGAUCGAGGGUAUCCUCCAAUGCAUGUUUCAUCCUGAUUUUCAUGACAGCCGAUCCCCCAUCCAGCGUGAGAUGAUGCAAUUUAUGAGUGACUGGGUCAAUGGGCUGGGUUAUCAAAAAGCCGAAACGAUACAAAAGCUCUCCAAGGAAUCAGUGCGCAACCACAAAUGCAUGCGACUGGAAGAUGGAGGUCCAUCCAAUCCGGGGGGUGCAGGCUAUAACGCUGGAGUCCAAGCACAGCAGAAAAUAUCGGGUUACGUCAACCAGAUUCCUGGGGUUUCUCAGGCGCAAAGCAUUUUUGGAAGUGCUGGAGGAACAAAGGAUGGGGGGCCCGCUCCGGCCGGAAGCGGUCCUCCAUUUUACACACCUCCCCCUGGGCCACCGCCCGUUUAUUUCGGGGGUCCAGCGGCGGCAAAUGCCCCCUAUGCACCACCUCCAGGUCCGCCUCCUCACCUAGUGGGUUCUCCCGGACUCCAUGGAGCACCCGAUUAUCAUCCUAGCGGACCUCAGCUGGGAUUCCCAGCCCCAGGUGGCCAUCACGACCCUCACGAGUAG